AUGGUCAGCUAUCGCCCUAUUGUCAUUUCUGGUCCUUCUGGUGCUGGUAAAUCCACUCUUUUGAAGAAACUCUUUGCUGAUUUCCCUAACCAAUUCGGUUUCUCUGUGUCCAAUACCACCAGAAAGCCUCGUGAAGGUGAAGUCGACGGUGUCCACUAUAACUUCACCGAAGUGCCAGUUUUCCAAAAGAUGAUUGAAAACAACGACUUUGUCGAAUGGGCCCAAUUCAGUGGUAACUAUUACGGUACCUCUGUUGCCAGUGUCAAGAAGUUGACCACAGGGGAAAGCAAGCGUAUUCCUAUCUUGGACAUUGAUUUGCAAGGGGUGUUAUCCGUCAAGAAGACUGACUUGGAUGCCCGUUACAUCUUCUUGAGCCCACCAUCGAUCGAAGAGCUUAGACAAAGAUUGGAAAAGAGAGGUACCGAAACCCCAGAAAGCUUGCAAAAGAGAAUCGACACCGCCAGUAAGGAACUUGAAGAGUCGAAAAAGGGAAUCCACGACAUCAUUAUUGUCAACGAUGACUUGGACAAGGCCUACAAGGAAUUAAAAGAGUUCAUCUUCAAGGAAGACGCUUGA